UUAUUUUUCAAAAAAAAUACUAUUUCACCAAUUUUCAUUUUCAGAAAAUGGGGUCAAACGGGGACUAAAUAAGAACCCAAUUGUACACCUGCGUAUGAUUUGGGAAUCGUGGAUUUGUCUGAAGUUGAAACGUGCAGUUGACUUUUUUAGUCACCAAUCAUCACUGCAAGAAAUCUACACCGUCCACUUUGACUUCAAUCUUUAGACCUAUCUUGUGUUGACCAAUGCACUAAUACGUUUGAGAAUAAGAUUUUUAAGAGAUAACCCCGUGAUCUGUCCCUGCCUUGUUGACCAUUUUGAGGGCAAGUUGCUUCUAGUGGUUGUGCUUUCAAUCUGAUCCGUUUAAUUCGACGAUCCAACGUUUUGAUUAAAAAAUUGCUCAAUGCUUUGAUAGAGAUGUGACGAUACAUUGAAUUUGAAGCCUUGGUAUCAAAGAGCAAUGGAGAAGGCCACACUAUGGAAAUCUAAUCCAAAAUCUACUAAAAUUCCCACAACAAAUGGCUUAUUUUGGAAAACAGUUUCCAAAACAACAGAGGUUUCCUCACCAAAUUCCAACAAAUCCCAAAAGAUGAGAAAAUGCACAUCUUUAAGGGUGGCUACCUCAUUUACUCGAGUUUGUUUAUGUGCGCCAAUAUCUUCCUAUAUGGACGUAUUUCAAGACGAAGUUCCAUCUAGACGAAGUUAUAGCUAUCCACGAUCAAAGCCCUUCCUUGCCUCCUCUCAAGAAAGAAUUACGAGUGCAAGAGCGAGCAUUGACAAACGGAAAAUUUUUCGUGGGAAAUCUUUGACAGAUGAUGUUUUAAUGAAGAGGUUUGUUAUUGAAGAAGGAGUUAUGCAAGUUAGAAGAAGAAAUGAGAUGGAAAUUAUUAAGAGAAGAAGUGUGAUGAAAAGGAAAAAACUUGGGCCAAGUCCUUUGAGUAGAAUGGUAUUGGCAGAGGAUUAGUAAUGAGUUUAUUCUAGAGAUCAAUUUUAUUUCCUUGCUUUUAUUUUUCACUUCUAUAAUUAGAAUAAUUGCUUAUUAUGGCCUGUGUCUUUUCAAUAAAUAUUUUUUGGGUU